UAGAGAGAAUUAUAUUUUGAUCUUCUCUUUUUUAUUUUUAAAAAAUAAUGGCAAGGUUGAGCUGGGGUUUGAUGAUUUUGGCGAUCUGGGUGGUGACAACAAUGUCGUUUUUGAGCAAAACGACAGUGGGGUGCGAGGGAGACAUUCAGGGGCUGAUAACACAUUGCGCAGUUUACGUCCAGAAAGGGACGCCGGCGAUGAAACCAUCGGCGGCGUGCUGCGAGGCGGUGAGGACGGUGGAUAUUCCUUGUGCUUGCCAGAAGAUAACUAAGGAGAUUGAGAAGCUGGUGGACAUGAACAAGGUCUUUAAUCUUGCUUCCUCUUGUGGUCGUCCUCUUCCCCAUGGAACCAAGUGUGGAAGUUCUACGGUUCCAUGAAAGUUUGAUGAAGAAAUUCUGAUUAUCGUAUGAGGGUCAAAGUUGCAAGCUUUGCACUAUGGUUCUUUAUAUAAAGAAUAAAGUUGGAUAAUAAUGGAGAUAUAUAAAGCUCUUUAUAUGUUCUUUUAU